UCUGAAUUUUAUAUUUUGUGGUUAAUUUUAUUGUAAAACUGUGAUCAUUAGACUACUACUACUACUACUACUACUACUAAUUCUAUAACUGUGUGCUAUCAGGAGGCCCGCUGGGACCCCACCUCAUCUUGCAGUGCACUAAAGAAUGCCUGGCAAGUGACUCCUGCGCUUCCUUUGUGGUGCAUCCCAGCAAAGGCCUCUGUUAUCUGACAAAACUGGACCGCUGCAGAGACAAAAGUAAUAUCCUGGAACCCGCUGAAGAUCACUUUUACUUCGAGAGGUUUGAUGGUUCAGUGCCCUAUCCGCCCACCUGCUACACUUCCUGUCUGAUGGCCAACUACACCUGCGACCAGUGUGGGCGACCUAACUGCUGGAGUGAUCGGUGUGAGCAGUGCGCCGCCACCUGCUGGGAAAGAAUGGACAAGACCCAGUACUCUACUUAUCUCUUCACGAAUGACCAAAAAUCGUCUAACAUGGUGUCUUGCAAAGGCAACUGGCAGCUGUGGUGGGGAAAGGGUAUAUCUAAAGCGAAGCACACCCCGAAAGAAGCGUUGACACUGCGUCUCAUCCUCGUUUAUGUGGACGGGCGAGAACUCAGCUCGUAUUUCGAUUCAGUGGCCUUUGAAAAGUCCGGUGAACUUAGUGUGGGCAACCUAACUGUAGACGAAGGAGCCGGGAACUGGUGGCAGGCGCCUUUCUCUAGUCGGCCACUGCGUCGCCUAUACAACAGCAACUGUCGUCCAUUCUACACACCCAACGACACGUGCGUCUCUCACACAACAAAGUCCGUGGAGGAGCAGCGAGAACUCUACAACGGUACAGUAUUGUAUCUAGGCUACGCUUGGCUCACCGGUGAACAGAGUUACGACAACGUCCCAAUCCUCCACAUCAAUAUGUGGGUAAAGUGUGCCCAGUGUGAGGACUAGUACCCUUGAAGCGAGGACUGAGGCAAGACAACGGGUGGGAGACUAGCUCUACAAACUAUUGUUCCUGAUGUGUGAACUAAUGAGAAUACGGUACACAGUACAAUUGGCAACAUCCUCAGCCAGUGAGCUGCACCGUGAGGGUUGUGAAGCUUGCAACACUUUUCCCUUAGUGUCACGUCUACGGAGCACGGCUAAGCUCGUCUUUAUUGCAUAUCGUUUUUUGUUCUAUCUUCUGUUUUAUAUAUCUGGUUUUUGUUUUGUAUCUAUUGUAUUUUAUAUAUUUAUUUAUUUCUGAUAGCUAAUUUUCCUCCUGCUGUGUUGAAGAAGAAGAAGAAAAGAAUAAAAAAGAAAAGAAAAAAGUCUAAGCACGUCAAAAGACAGCUAAUUAAAGUCGCCGCCAGAAUACUUUCGUUUUCUUCCUGAGUUGGUUUUCUCAUCCAAUACAAUGUAAUAUUUGCAGGGGUAACUAGUGUAAUUCAGACUCCUUAGAUAGGCAGCACUGCAUCCUCAGACGAGAAGUACUUUAUUUGCCACAUAAAGACACGCGGAAUUAUUGUGUUCUCAAUCAGUUUUCUCUGUGGUAAAAAUCUACGCGUUUCACUGAGCAUGGGGCCAUGUUCACCACGCUUCAUUUAAGUAUUUUCCAUAUGCGCAGCUAAACAAUUUCUUGGUACCUUCCUAGCUAUUGUUUUUAUAUAUUUUACCGGUUUUUUAAACAUUCUACUAAAGGUUUCUUGAUCGCCAUUUUUUUAUUGUAAAAGUAGAGUAUGGGGAAGAUGGAGCCGCUCGCUGCUGAGGUCUGGGGUGGUACUUCUGAAGAGUCAUUAGGCUAUGAAUCUGUCAUAAGCCUUCAAAAGGGCUGAUAUUUUUUUCAUAAAUAUUUCACAAACGAUCUAAAUCUAUCAUAAGCAUUAUGGAAUUUUCAUAAGUUCGCUGCGCCGCUAUGACUGGCUCGGAGGUGUCAUAAGGCUUAAGAAUCACCCUUAAACCAACAUAGCCGAGCAACAAGAAAAGUCCGUGUGCGCCAAUCAAGGGAAUUUUGUGAGAGGGGAGACGUUUUCAUUGAAAUUAGUGAUGCUGAACUCACUAAAAGAUACAGACUAGACCGUGCUGGU